AUUUGACAUUGACAAAAAAGUUGCAAUUUGCAAAACAAGAUCACAAUUUGUUGUUUUUCUGCCGUAUUUUCACGGAAUUAUAAAAAUUACUAUGGCUGAAAACCUACCCGGGAACUCUAAAGAUGAGGAGCCCCUGUCGAAGCUCUUCGAUGAGGGCAUGAAACUCUAUAUGAAGCUGGAAGAUGAGAAAGAACCAAUAAGCAGUGAAGCCGUGCAGUUAACAAUCAAACAAGCCAUAUCUAAAUUCGAGAAGGCGACAAACCUGGUGUCCGUCUCAGGCAUGUUCAGCACGAACGAGAGCCUCGAGGAGCUCCCCACGGAGACGCUGCAGUACCUGCUGCUGCCCGUGUUGCUCGGGAAACUCACCCUCAAGCUGUGUGCGCAGGGACUGGCCCGCGUGGAGAUCAUUAAUGUUGCAGAAAUUUACUUCAGAGAUUUCCUGCAAAGGUGUAAGGAUUAUGGGGUAACAGAUGUAGAAAUACCAGAGCCUACCUGUGCCGAUCCUAAAGCACCAUGUAAACCCCUCACCGAGCAGGCUAAAAUAGCUAAUAUGGUAAAUUCACGGGAAGUAAAGAUCAAACGCUACAAAGAGAUGAAGGAAAUAAAGGAGAAACUAGAAAAGUUACGCUACGCCAUGACCUCCAUAAAUGUUGAUGAUGAAACCAGACGGGAAUACUUCACCACGCUUCUCACAAGCCACGUCAAUGAGUCCCUAGAUGAACUUAAUAGUAUUGAACAGGAGAAACCAAUAUUGGAAUACAUGAGCAAACAUGCUGGAGAGCUGAAGCAGCCGAAGCGUCCGGCGCCCCUGAAGCCGGUGAUCAUCACCCGGGACGCGGUACAGAAGGCAGUCUAUGGGCUCGGCUACCCGGCGCUGCCGACGCUCACGAUAGAGGAGUUCUACGACCAACGAGUGCGCGAGGGCACUUUCCCCGGAGCCUGCAAGAUCCCUCACGCCACCAUACAGGCCGCUGACGACGACCCUGAUGAAGCUGAGAAGAUACGUAAGGAGCAGCUUGUGGAGACAGAAGACCCCGAGGAGAUCGCCCGACAGAGGAACAUGGACGAGUUCAAGGACGACCAUCGGCGCGGGUGGGGCAACCGGCAUAACCGGAGUUAGGCCUCAGCGAGGGGGGGGGCAGCCGGAGUAGGCCAUCUCGGCACCUGAAACGAUGCCAUACAGGCUUUGUGGCUGU